AUGGCAUUAGUUGAUACAGCCGUUUAUUUUGAUUAUUCAAUAAAAAUGAUACAAUUGCGUCCAAGCGAUAAAUUAUUUGAUAUUGAAAAUACAUUAAAAAACGAUCUUGAUGUCGAUAUGAAUGUGCACCAUCCCAGGCAAAAACGACCCAAUUUUUUGGGUGUAGAUAAUUAUGAACAGGAUACUCAAAAUGAAACGAAUAACUCAAAAACUGACAUUGAAUAUUUGAUAAUCUGGUUUGAUCUACAUAUCGGUAGUCCAGAUUAUUAUAAGUUAUUAAAAAAAGAAUUUGGAAUGACAAUCGAUCCAACACAAGAUUAUAUCAGUAUACCUAAAAAAGAUGAAGUUGAUAUCGAUAACUUAAUUAGUGUACGUAAUGCUGAAUCCAUUCAAGAUUAUCCAUUAUUAGCGUGCGAUAAGGCAGAAGAUUUCUUGAGACUUCUAACUGAAAAUGCAGACAAAUGCAUAAUCGUUAUCAUAUCUGGUACAUUAGCUAUGGAAUAUAUUGGUGACGAAAAACAAUUAUUAAUGUUUGAACAUGAAGAAAAUUUACUUGCACGAAUAACACGUGAUAUGGGGAAAUAUUUUAUGGAAAAAGGCAAUAUUUAUUUGAAAUCACAUAACUCACAGGAAGCAUUAACCAAUUUUACCCGUUCAAAAAAACUCAUGUUACGUGCCAAUGCACUCGACAAAGAAAAUAAUGGAAAUGAACUCGAAUUAUUAAAUGGUAAACCGCCAAACUAUCAAGGUCUCAUUUUCCAAGCUGAACAACAAGAAAACAAAUAG